AUGAGCUCUGAAGGAGUUACCCCGGGCAUUGACCUCAUCCAGGUCCGGAUCGAGUCUUUGAGUGACAAGAUGGACAGACUCAUACGCAUCCAAGAGAAGGUUCUGAGUCGACUUGACGGCAUGUCUCAGGACAUUGAUGGUAUAGAGAGGGACGUGGAAACUUUGAGGGUGGACAAGGAGGAGAUCCAUCUGCCACCUCAGAUGAAGAACCAGGAGCCGACCCAGGAAAACAGUGGGGAGAUGAAGGCAAUGUACCGGGAAAUGAACAGUAUCAUGUCUGUGGUGAACGAGCGCUCAGAGAAACAGGCACUGAAGCUUGAGGGGAUGGAGAAGCUUGUCCUGAGCAUCCAGCAAGUGGUCGGCUUCAUCGGGGAGACUGUGAAGAGCUCCAAACUCAUGGAGCUCAUGUUCAAAGGGCCAACGGCACGUAAGAGCAAAAUAACAUCCAAGGAAAACAAGAGCAAAAAGGCUGUCAAGAGGCAAGCUGUAGGUGAUAAAGAUGAGGCUCUAUCCACAAAGAAAACUACCUCUGCUCUGGCCACUAAAGGGACUCAAGAAAUAAUUCUCAAAUCCAAACCCAGCACACCAGAGUCUAUUCACAAGCAAAAGCUCCACGGACCAAAGCAUUUCCUUGCUUCAAGGAAAUUUGGAAACUUUGCCCUCUUUUCUUUUUCUCUUUUCUAGUUGAAAGAUGGCAAAGGUAAAGAUGGGAGGGAAAAAUCUCGCCUGAGCCUGAAAGGGCUGAAAGCACAGAAGAAGAAGAAGCCCCCAGACACUGCAGACCACAUUUCUCUGAAGAAGCAGGCACUCCUGUUGGAGGAGGUGCAGAAGCUCAACAGAGAGAAUGCUGAACGCUCUGCAGGGUCGCUGGCUCUGGAGACGGGGGAGCCCAUACAGGAGCCCCAACAGGACCUACUGGACAUCAUCCUGGAGGAGGCCAAGACUCAGCAGGAGGAGGUGUCCACGGAGGAGAGAGAACUGGUGACGGUGAAGAAGGAGGAGAAGACAGAGGAUGAGGAAAUCAAGGGAGAGAUGGAGGAGGGAGGGAAAGAAGAGGCCGAGACAGUGCCGCAGGAGAUCACGGAGGUGCCCAGAGAUGAACCGAAAGAACCAGAAGCAGAGAGAGAGAUGGAGGAGAAAGGAGAAGACUCCCCUGCGUUGGAGGCCACAUCAGAAGCUGACAUAGCGAACAUGGAGGCUGCUACUCUUCCUCCUGCUGAUGGGGAUGCAUCUGAUGACUCAGUCUCCAUCAGCAGCAAGCGACGAGUCACAGAGGAGGACCUUGAGUUGGAGGAUCACAAGAAGAGGAGAGAGGAGGAGGAAGAGACGGAAGAGACAGAGGAUUUGCGUGGUGUGUUUAAGGCAGAGGGAGUGGAAAUCCACCUGGAUUUUAGCAAGAAGAAGGAAGAGGAGAAUUAUGACAAAGAUGACACUGAACAGUUUUUUAUUGACUGCACCCCACCCCCUGCGGCCCCCUUCAGCCACCGCGUGGUGUCAGCUAAACCGAACCAGAUCAACAACUUUUACACCAUCAAUCGUCAGGAGAUUCUGGGAGGAGGUCGCUUUGGCCAGGUACACAAAUGUGUGGAAAACUCCUCUGGACUCACUCUGGCAGCGAAGAUCAUCAAAGCAAGGAGCCAGAAAGAGAAGGAGGUGGUGAAGAACGAGAUUCAGGUCAUGAACCAACUGGACCAUGCCAACCUGAUCCAGCUUUAUGCCGCCUAUGAGUCCAGGAAUGACAUCAUCCUCGUCCUUGAGUACGUGGACGGUGGGGAACUGUUUGACAGAAUCAUUGAUGAGAACUACACUUUGACAGAACUGGAUACAGUCAUGUUUAUCAGACAGAUCUGCGAGGGCCUCAGAUACAUGCAUAAAAUGUACAUCCUCCACCUGGACCUGAAGCCGGAGAAUAUUUUAUGUGUGAGCAGACUCACAAACAAAAUCAAGAUCAUCGACUUUGGACUCGCAAGGAAAUACAAACCCAGGGAAAAGUUACGUGUGAAUUUCGGAACUCCAGAAUUCCUUGCUCCGGAGGUGAUCAACUAUGACUUUGUGUCAUUUAACACAGAUAUGUGGAGUCUUGGAGUCAUCACCUAUAUGUUACUCAGUGGCCUGUCGCCUUUCCUCGGCGAUAACGACAACGAGACGCUGAACAACAUCCUGGCCUGUCAGUGGAACUUUGAGGAGGACGAAUUUACAGACAUAUCUGAGGAGGCCAAGGACUUCAUCUCCAAACUGCUCAUUGUCAACAAGAGUUGGAGGAUAGGUGCAGCUGAAGCUCUGAAACAUCCCUGGCUCUCUGACCCUGCUGUGCAUCACCGCCUUCACAUGAAGAAGAACAUGUGUCGUUCACGUAGGAAUUCAUGCUUGCCUCCCCUAGAGAGUUAAUAAAUGUACCGGCUCUGACUUUUCCCAGCUGCGGCCAUCUGGACCAAGCCAACUAUAAAUACACACACGCACACACACACAC